AUGGCUGUGGACAGCAGCUCUGAGGUCACCACUAAGGGCUUAAAGGAGAAGGAGGAGGUUGUGGAAGAAACAGAGUAUGGAAGAGAUGCAACCGCUAAUGGAAAUGCCAAUGAGGAAAAUGGGGAACAAGAGGCUGACAGUGAGGUAAAUGAGGAAGAGGAAGAUGGUGAUGGUGAGGAAGAAGAUGGAGAUGAAGAUGAGGAGGCUGAGGCAGCUACGGGCAAAUGGGCAGCUGAAGACACUGAGGAUGAUAAUGUGGACACCAAAAAGCAGAAGACAGACAAGGAUCACAAGAUGGCAAAAAAGGAAAAGUUAAACUUAAAAAAGGCCACUGUGACCUCCACUCUCCACUUCCCAUCUCAGAAUCUAAACAUGGUCACCUUCAAGUAG